GUAAGACAUCUUAGAGAACAAUUUUCCUCACCAUUACUUUUCUGAAUUCAUACAAUCAUGGGCUUUCGAUUGCCUGGGAUCGUUAACGCUAAGCAGAUCCUACAGCGAGUGCGGAUGGGCGGAGAGGUCAAAAAUGUACCAAAAGGUUAUUUUGCUGUCUAUGUGGGAGAAGACCAGAAGAAGCGAUUUCUGGUUCCGGUUUCUUACUUGAAGGAUCCUUCAUUUCAGAACCUAUUGAGUCAGGCAGAGGAAGAGUUCGGGUUUGAUCAUCCAAGGGGAGGCCUCACAAUCCCAUGCACAGAAGAAGCCUUCAUUGAUGUCACUUGUAGUUUGAAUUGCUGAUGAAAGCAGAGGAUCUCUUAACAACAUUGAUCUGUGAGCCAGUGUCCCAAAUUUUGAAUUAAGAGGACUUGGUUGUUUCAUUUCCACUCAUUGUAAUCUAUAAAUUUUUGUAUAGACAAAGCUGAGAGUCAGAUCUCUCCAUACAAAA